AUGUCAGGCAUCGGGGAAAUUCUGAAGGCAGUUGGGGAUUUUGGGACAUUUCAGAAACGCCUGGUGCUCUUCUCCGUGCUCCCAUGCCUCAGCCUGGCCUUCCACCAGUUUUGCCAGCUUUUUAUGGUUCCAAACCUGCCUCAUCACUGCAACACCAGCUGGAUCCGUGCCGUCGGCCCCAACCUGACCGAGGAGGAGCAGCUGAACCUCACUCUGCCCCGCGACGCGGACGGAGCGUACGAGCAGUGCUCCAUGUACUCGCCCGUGGACUGGGACCUCGACUCCAUCGUGGCAUACGGCCUGAACGCCACGGAGGAGUGCAGCAGUGGCUGGGUGUACCCCACAGCACAGCAGCCGUCCCUGCUCACUGAGUUCGACCUCGUGUGUGACAGGAAGGACCUGAAUGACAUCUCGCAGUCUGUCUACAUGCUGGGAAUGUUCCUGGGAGCCAUGAUCUUUGGGCCACUAAGUGACAGGAUCGGCCGCCGGCCAGUCCUUCUGAUCUCCAUCUUCCUCCAGGGCUUUUUUGGUUUGGGAGUUGCCUUUGUGCCCCAUUUCUACGUAUACAUGGCCUUCAGAUGUGUUGUGGGGGCUUCAGUGUCAGGAAUCACCAUGACCUUACUGGCCUUAGCUACAGAAUGGGUUGGGGUCUCCUAUCGACCACGUGCAGUGCUUAUUACUCACUGCUGUUUCGCUGUUGGACAAAUGAUUUUGGCUGGCUUGAGCUAUGGGAUUCGUAACUGGAGGUUGCUGGAAAUUGCAGGAUCUGCUCCUAUAUUUGCCCUUUUCUUCUUCAUCUGGGUGCUACCAGAGUCAGCUCGGUGGCUGGUGACAAAAGGCAAAAUAGAAGAAGCUAAGAAGGUCCUUCAGAAGGCAGCAUCCAUCAACAAGCGCACCAUCCCCCUGGGACUCCUUGAGCAGCUGAAGUGUGAGACACAGACCAAGUCUGGACGUUUUCUGGAUCUCUUUCGGAAGAAGCACAUCCGGAAGGUGACUUUAAUCAUGUCGUGUGCCUGGUAA